AUGCCAUAUCUGAAUGGAAGCUCAGAUGGUCCCCAUGCUGGGCUCACUUCUGGGUCUCUCAUUCUAGCACCAACCUCGGCCAUCCAGUGGGGACUGAAGCCUCAGAAAGCAGGUUACCAGCCCUCCAAUGGCUAUGGAGAUGAAGCAGAACUGGGCUUCCGUGGUAGCCUCAAGCUGCAGAAAGUUGGGUUCCCUGUAGCCAAUGGCUUUACAAAUGGUGAGUUGGACCCAGGAGACCAGAUACAAGGGGCGGUGGAUGCACCGGCGCUUGCAGCGGCUCAGAGCACCAGGAGGGGGCGCCCAGGGCGCGUGCGCUCCACCGAGGCCGGCGGGGGAAGCCGGAGACGCCCGGGACGCGGUGAUUGGUCGGGGCGCCGAGGAGGCGAGCGCACCCGCUCGUGUUUGGCUGGAACGGGUGCAGGCCGCUCCAAUUGGCCGGGCGGACUUAGCGGGCUCCCAGCCCCGGCUCCCGGGCCGCGGCGGGCGGCGGCGGCCAAGCUGGCGGCGCGGUGGUCCCGCUCCCGCUCGCACCCGCGGCGCGACCGCGGCCGCCCGCACCCCCGGCUGAGCCGGGCCCGCUCGUCCCUGCCGCCCGCCCCGCCGCCGUCCCUGCCGCACCCGCCGCUGCCCGGGCUGCCCCCCGGCUCGAGCUCCGCGCCGCCGCCGCCGCCCUCGGCGCUCGCCCUGGCCGAGCUGCCGCCGCUGCCCGCCCUCCCGCUGCGCCCGGAGCCGCUGGCGCCCUGGGGUCCCGGGCCCCACCUGGCCCUGCCCGAGCUGCCGCCCGAGGCCUGCGCCCCCGCGCCGCCCGCCGCCGCGCUCGCCCUGCAGGCCCUGCCGCGCCUGCCCGCGCCCGCGCCGCCGCCCGCGCACCUGCCGCUGCCCCCGCUGCCCGAGGCCGCGCUCGCCGCCGUCCCCGGCCCCGUGGGCGCCCGCGGCCGGCCCCCGCGGCUCGCCGAGCCGCCCCCGCAGCCGCUGCCGCCGCUGCCGGCGCGGCCCUCGCCCUUCACCCUGCUGGCGCCGCCGCUGCCCCGCGAGACCUGGCCUCUCCCCGCCUUUCCCCCGCCGCCGCCGCCGCCGCCCCCGCCGCCCUACUUCUUCCUGUCGCCGCCCUGCUGACCGCUUAGCCCCGCGGGGCUACGGGUAGCCUGGGCUCAGGUAACCAAGUGGAUGGCAGAGCUCUCCAACACGCAGGAGUGGUAUCAGAAAGCCAGCCUUGACCUGGGGGGACCCGUGAGAGCCCAGGUCCCAUCGGCAAGAUCAAUUAGUUUGUGAGGUUCCUGUGACUGCAGUAACAGAUGAAUGCAAACUGAACGGCCCGGGACAAUAGAAAUGUGUUCUCUUCACAAGGCUGGUGGCCAGAGGUCUAAAAACAAAACAACAACAACAACAGAAUGACCUGCUGUGUCAGCAGCGACCAGAAACCUGCUCUGUCUGUCUUUUGCCUUGCUUUGGUAGGGCCUUGCUGUUCCUCCUCAGGCCUAGGAAAGACUGCCUUCGCCUCAGCUUUUAAGUACUUCGCUCAUUGCCUUUAUUGAGUUCAAAUUGACCUCAUAUUGAGAUCCUUCACUGGCUCGUGUUAGCAAAGACACUUUUCUCAGCUAGAUGUGGCAGCACAUGCCUUUAAUUUCAUCACUUGGGAGGCAGAGGCAAGUGAGGGCAGCCUGGUCUACAUAGUGAGUUCCAGGUUAGCCAGAACUAUACAGUGAGACCUUUAAAAAAACAAACAAAAAACCCAAUAAGCAAAAUGAAACAUUCCAUCACCUUACGAUUCUCGCAGGCUUAGCCUGAACUUGGAGUCUGAAAGCUCCUGCUAUCCAAGUAGCUGGACUGCAGGGUUCGUGCUACAAGCCUGGCUUAGGCGUGUCUGCCCGGCUCUGCCGCACCUGUCUUCCCAGAACUUAAGUGUUCCAGGCCAUGUCCUUCUCUGACCUGGGGCCUUGAGUGGUCUGGGCUGUCACAGUGGUACAGAAAGAAAGUGAUAUGCCUGUGUUUCCUGGUGCCUAUCUUUCUGCUUCCUUGUCUUCCUACGGUCUCCUUCCUGGCCCCAGCCCUUACUGCUUUCCCACUCAAAGUAUCAGGAUGGACAGUGAAUGUGUUUUUAAAGACAACUCCCAUGGGUGGCCAGAUGUCCGAGCCUAAGCUGUAGCUACUGCUGUGGGUUGAACACUGAUCAAAACUGAUAAUAAAGUUAAUUGUUACCCAGUC